AUGGAAGGCACAAGUCGGCCGGAGCCCAGAAGCGUCACCGGGAAGCCCUCUGCCUCACACCCGGGGAGCCUCCACCUGCCUUGGGCUGUGUUCUUCCUCGUCGCGCUCACCAUGCAACCACAGACGGUUUGCACGGUUGGGAUGUUCGAGCUGCAGAUCCGCCACUACCAGAACCCCAACGGACUUCUACUGAACGGAGACUGCUGCGACGUCCCGGUCGGCGGCGGUCAGCGUUGCUCUCCUCGAGACCAGUGCGACACAUUUUUCCAAGCUUGCCUCAAGGAGUACCAGGCCCGCGUGGCACCGACCGGGGCAUGCACCUUUGGCUCGGGCGGCACGGGGAUCCUGGGAGGAAAUUCCCAGUCGCUUCACCAUCGCGCUCAUGACGGAGGAGGUGGAGGAGGAGAUGAUGGGACUAAUGGAGUCAUUGUCAUUCCCUUCAAAUACGCCUGGCCAAAAUCUUUCUCUUUGGUGUUAGAGGCUCAGGAUGAUGACAACAGCACAUCACAACCAGAUCAGCUGAUUGAGCGUGUUCUUCUCUCCUCCAUGUUGAAUCCCGGAGACCAGUGGCAGGCUUACCGCCAUCACGGUCGCUCCUUCAGCCUGGAGUACCGCCUACGCUUUCGCUGCGAUUCCAACUACUACGGGCCCUUCUGCAACAAGUUCUGCCGGGCCCGCGACGACUUCUUUGGACACUUCAACUGCGAUCCCAGCGGCUCCAAGGUCUGCAUUGAGGGCUGGAUGGGUCCUGAAUGCAAAGAAGCAAUGUGCAAACAAGGCUGCCACCAGGCCCACGGCUCUUGCACUGUACCCGGGGAAUGCACCUGUCACUACGGUUGGACGGGGUCUUUGUGUGACCAGUGUGUGACCUUCCCCGGCUGUGUGUACGGGAGCUGCGUUGAACCCUGGCAGUGUGUUUGUGACGUCAACUGGGGAGGUCUACUGUGUGACAAAGACUUGAACUACUGUGGGACUCACCAACCUUGCAAAAACGGCGGGACCUGCACCAACACGGAGCCCAACGAAUACCAGUGCGACUGCCAGGAAGGUUUCCUGGGGCGCAACUGUGAUAUCGUUGAACACGCGUGCCUAUCGUCGCCGUGCAUGAACGGCGCCACCUGUGUCGAGGACUCCACGGGUUUCAGCUGCUCCUGUGCAGAAGGCUGGACUGGGAAGACCUGCGCAGAUGCGGUGAAGCAGUGUGACCGAAGCCCCUGCGGACAAGGCUCGACAUGUCAGGAGGUUCCAGGAGGUUACCGAUGCCUUUGCACGCCUGGAUGGAGCGGGAGAACCUGCCAGCUAGACACGGAUGAGUGUGAAAUGAACAUAUGCCUCCAUGCCCGCUCCUGCCGCAACCUGAUUGGUGGAUACCUGUGUGACUGCCUUCCUGGAUGGGUGGGGCCAAACUGUGACAUCAGUGCUAUGUCAGAUUCCAAAGGAGGCAUCAGCUUCUACAUGAUCCUAGUGGGCAUCCUGGCGUUGGUAUUGCUGUGCGGUUGUGCCACGUGUGCCUUCGUCCUCACUCGCCUACAGAACAAGCGAAAAAAACAACAGUCCGUCCCGCAGGAGGAAGCCAUCAACAACCAGCGGGAGUACGUCAACCUCAUCCGAAACCUGGACCGGUUACUCCCCCCGCCGCUCCCACCUCCCGCCGUGCCGUCGGUUCAAUCGCCAACCGGCGCCGGAGCCGCUACUCCUCACUGCUACGAGGAAAUCGAGCUGACUCUCCCGCCUUCUCCGGCCCCGUCGCACUCAUCGUCCUCUGGGUUGAAGCUGGCCCGAGCCCCAAAAGUGGACAUUUCCAACCGGGAGCGGGAGAAGCUGAAUCGCAUACACUGCACAGACAACCAGGAACUCCAAGGUCCACGUUCCUUCAUUGAAACUUUUCAGAUCAUGAACUUGGACGCUUCAUCUUAA